ACCAAAUGUCGCAUCCAUCUUUCAAUCAAAAAGCUCACAAAUUUUAUGGAAAGAAGAAUUUCUAGUAAAAAUAACGUGUUUCUUUAGAAUUUCUUAUUUAUUAGCGUCUGUGCUCUGUUUUGUGCUCGUUGAUCUAACAUUUAUAGGUAUCACAAUAUAAAAUAAACAGUUACGAUGUCAUCAGGAAGACCUAUCAAAUGUGUAGUUGUUGGCGACGGGACCGUUGGGAAAACAUGCAUGUUAAUUUCAUACACUACUGAUAGUUUUCCAGGCGAAUAUGUACCUACAGUCUUUGAUAAUUAUUCAGCUCCAAUGGUAGUAGAUGGAGUAGCUGUAUCCCUUGGUCUUUGGGAUACAGCGGGACAAGAAGACUAUGAUAGACUUAGACCAUUAAGUUAUCCACAAACUGAUGUCUUCCUUAUAUGCUUCAGUGUUACGAGCCCUUCAUCUUAUGAAAAUGUUACUUCCAAGUGGUACCCAGAAAUUAAACAUCACUGUCCUGAUGCACCCAUUAUUCUGGUUGGCACAAAAAUUGAUUUGAGGGAUGAUCGGGAGACUCUAAGCCUUCUCUCAGAACAAGGAAUGUCACCUUUAAAAAGAGAACAAGGUCAAAAGCUGGCAAAUAAAAUAAGGGCAGUGAAAUAUAUGGAAUGUUCAGCUUUAACACAACGUGGCCUCAAACAAGUAUUUGACGAAGCUGUUCGAGCAGUCCUACGACCAGAGCCUCAAAAAAGACACCAGAGAAAAUGUUUAAUCAUGUAAAUAUAAUAAACUCCAUGACAGAUAUGAUAUUGACAUUAAAACAUGCAGGAAUCUCAAAGCAACAGUAAUAAUGUGUUUCUAUACCAAUUUAUUGCUCAUUUUCAAAUAAAACAGAAUAGUCACUUAUAAUAAUAGUACUCAUUUACAAUCA